AAAAAAGCUAAUGGACCAGCCCUUGUAGCAUGGCAUGCGCAUGGGGGCUAUUCUCGUAAAAGUCAAUCUUCUUUGAACAUUUUCAUAUUUUUUGUGCUUCUCAAACAAAUUAAAGAGCACAAUUAAAAGUAAUUUUCUUCGUUUCAAUUUUAGUUUUUAUUACAAUCACUCUCAUGCCUCCAUGACGGCAGCAUGUGCAGACGAUGAUUGAGCAAAAAUGUACAGGACAUAUACGAUAAGUGUUGCCAUGUCAGUUACUAACAAAAAUUCCAAAUUUUUUUAACAGUGGUUAUAGUAAUUUUUAUCCUUGUUCUCAGGCGAGAAAAUUAUUAAAAUUAGACAAGUUUCUUAACAUGUGUAUAUUGUGUAUGUCCCCCAGGAGGUCUAUUCACAAGCUCAACUGUCUCUUUCUCUUUCUUUGUUAUCCGGACUAAUCAUGGACUAAUAGAAAGAGUGAGAACUUUCGUAGUAAAAGGGACGCGAUAUUGUUUAUGUGAGGGUAGAUCGAAAUGUAUUUGAUAUCUCACUUCUUAAACUACCCUCCUUUUUUGGCAUAAUACGAACUCGGACGCCAUAAAACGCUCUCAGUCAAAAAUUAUUGAAUAUCUAUCAUUUAUUUUAUAAUAAUACUCAAUCAUUUAUCAAGUUUAAGGUUUGUGACCAUGGCCUCUUAUAGUUCACUAAAUACUGAUUUUGUUUUUCUGCUUGCAUCUACAGUGAAUUCAGGUAAGUCACAACUUUUUACUUUUAUAUCAUUUGUUUUUACAAUGACAAAUUCUUUUUAAUGUAUCAUUGACCUAUGAAUUUGUGUUUACAGUUAAUUACAACUACCUUAGUUUAAUCCUUGAUUCCAAUGACUUCAGUGUGGGAAAAUUUAGCAACUUCUAAUGUAUUGUAAAUAAAAAGCCUCUCAUACAUAUUGUACCUAGGUAAAUACAUAUUGGUAUAUAACUGUUUUAAAUCGAACUUCCUCCAUGACUACAUCACGUCACAUGAAUUUGUCAUAAUUCAGCGAAUAAACGACGUACUGCGUACCAGACCAACGAAUUUCAUUUCACUAAUUUCACUAGUCCCAGUCAGUUCGGUCUGAAUGGCUUGGAGAAUGCCAAAUGGCUACAUUCAUUAGCCAAAAAUCGUACGUUCCAUCCUCCUUCGGCAUUCGUUAUACCGGCGUGAACGCACGUAAUCUGACAUGUAGCCGACAAACAACGGGGAAAUGAAAUCAGAUUUAAGCUAUUCGAAGUUCGAACAGCAACUGAAUACCGAAACGUCGAAUUUCAAAAUGAGAUUCGAAACUCAAAUUUCCGACAGUACGUUGAAUGAAUUUUGAAACUCAAAUGUGACAGACUUUGAAGGCAUGUAGACAAAGUAUGGAUCAUGAAUUGCAUACUCUCUAGUCGUGUACCUGAAUUUUAGGAAUUUUGCUGAUGGUAGUUGGAUGGUAUCUGUGAAUAAUUAAGCCAUCUAGUUUUUGGGUCGUUAUACCUACUACGACAGAUUGAGAACUGCGCACUGGCAUUGUUCUGAGCCCUUGGCUUGAUAAAAAUAAAUCAUUGACUAGCCAUAUUCCAUAGCGUAAUUAUUUUAACAGAGCAACAAUAUUUUGUUUCUCGUUUUGUCGUGUGUGUUAAUGGCCACACUGGUGCUAGAUUCUUCAAGCUACCAAAAGCAUCUGUAACUUAGAGAAUGGACUUCAUUAUUGAUCUUAGACCUGACAUGGCUUUACAACUGUCAUCUACUGAUGACAGCCGGGACCGAUGGCAUAACGGGCCUUUUGAAGCACAGAUAAUAAUUAUAUUGGAAGAUUGUCUUUGAUUGGAGUUACUAUCACCACAGAGCCAACCCGCAGUCUGCGUCUGAGAUGCUGUAUCAGUCUCAUCAGGAGACGCUGCUCCGCAACCGUCUGCAAGCCCAGCAGCAACAACAUCAUCACCAGUACUUGUCUCCGGACCAUCGUGGCACCAGCUACCCACCCCCAAGCCCCACCAGGGCUUCCCUGAAACGUGGGCUGGCUUUUUCCCACUCGUUCAAGAACCCUCCGCUGUGGAAGAUGGGUCAUGUCAACAGCCAAUCGGCUAACCACGCCGAGGGUCUCACCAGCCUUUCUGCUGGUCACUCUCCACUAAGGGGUGACAGGUCCCCAAGCCCGCUGCCUGUCCCGCCGCCGACCCCAGUCCCAGGACCCAGUGCUGAUAAGCCCAAAACCCCAAAGGACAAGAAAUCGCGCUUCGUGAACACGAGCUCGUUCUUCUCGUCAGGGGGCUGGCAUUCGAUUCUGGAUGGAUGACAAUUAAAGUUGCGGAUCGUCAUGUUCGCCAGGAAUAAACGAGCAAAAUCGGAGAGCCCAAAUCGCAAAGGAAACCAAUAUAAAGAUCGCAAGGCAGACAAUAACGACAAAGAAAAAGGCAAGGACAACGGUGCUGACGGAGAAAAGAAACCGGGUGCUAACGAAACUAAAACUGAUGAAACUGAUAAGAAGUGGAAGGGGAAAGGAAAGGGCAAGAAAAGCGGUGCUAAUGUUGAGAGUGAUAAGAAUGGUGCUAAAAAUGAUAAGGAUGAUAAAAAGGAUGAAGUAGUUGAGGCUGUUGUAGAGGAUAAAGCGAUAAAUGAAGAAUGACGUCAACCCGCUGACCGCCCGCGGGGUCGCCCAAUGCGGCGGUUUGCAGGCCGUGCUCGGGCCGCCGGGACGCCAUUGCCCAUACGCAGAUUUCAACUGCGCUGGUUCUACAACUGGUGCUUUUAAACUGAUUUCAGAGGAACGGGGGCGGGACGCGCUUUUAUCCAAUGCAUUUUAAACGCGCGCUCAUUUUAUUGCGGCAAAAAGUAGGUACAGACCAUUCGGCAAAUUCAAAGCAAUAAAGAUUAAUAUUGGCAAAGGUAACCCAUGCCUGAACUCCUGGACUCAGAUACUAUGAACAUAUAUACUAUGUAUGAAGCGCGUCUGGGCGGCAAUUUUAAAACACAUAACUCUGAAAUUAGCCUGGAUGAUUAAGGAUUGAUAAAUUAUUGAUGAGCUAAGUCUCAUUUAUAUCAGAAGCACUUUGAACUUCGCAGACCUAAUGAUAUAACAGGUAAUAUGGUUGGACAGUAUAUUGUAUUUCCGUCUUACUCUAGCAUAUUAAGAAUUGUAUUUGAUGUUCGCAAUAGUAUAUCUACGAAGGUUCUAUGACAGAUACUAUGAAUAUGGUUCAACUAAUAUGAAAGAAUCGUUAAGUAAAAUUCAUUUCAUAUGUAACGGUUGAUGUUUGGACAUUUAAAAAUAUUUUACUCCCGUGUUAUUAUAUUAUAGCAUAUUCAGAAUUCUAUGUGAAGUUAUUCCAAGAUUGAUGUAGUUUAUGAAAAAUAUAAAAAUUAAAAAAAAAUAUCCAUAUUAUCUCAAAGAUAUAUCUAUAUGUUAGAUGAAAUUCUCGGGUCGACACGACACGUAUAGUUUUAAUAGGAUCGUAUAUACAUUCAUGUUUGAAAACUUUAUAAAUAUAAACUUCCGAUAAUGGGAAAUAAAAUAGAGUUUAAAAGAUACAUUACAUACAUACAUACAUAUAUUUAUUACCUAUUCCCAAGGGGGAUAGGCAGAGCUUGUCAAGUUACUAUUCUUCUUCACUACCGCCUUUGACGUGUGGUUGGCCCACUAUGUUAGUUUAGAACUUCGCAUUCCACUCUUAUGGUUUAAAGUGGUUUUUCCCCUAUUUCUUCAUUUUACAUUCCAAAUCCGGAAGUCAUGCUUAGUCUGACCAGUAAAUGAACACUCGGGAGUAUUUUUUUUUGGAAUACAAGCAAUACCACAAAUGAGAACUAAUGACGUCACGGCAAGAGUUUUAUACAACUGGUAGACUAGAAAGCUUACUUACUAAAGGAGCUCAAAGCUCAACUUUUUUAUAGACUGAAUUUCGAGCUAUUUAUAUCUAUUCAACUGUAAAUAUUUUACCAGUGUGAUCGUUAUGUUUAAGACGUAAAGUAUAUUAUAAAUUUAAUAGAUGAUGUUGACUUUGAUUCGCCAAUGUGUACCUGAAAUUCUAUUUCAAAACCAUUAAAUUUCUUGACUUGUUAGGGGCACUGCCUUAUCCCCGGAAGGCCAUGAUAACCCCAUUGUUCACAAAUUAAAUUUUACUUAUGUAACCAAACAUCAUAUUAUAAUUAUAUUAAUCCAUUGUAAUUUGUAGACUUUAAAAAAUUAAAUUGUAUUUUGCCGUCAUAUAUAUUUGGAUUACUGUUGAUGUUAUCGCUGUAUUUUGGUAGAAAAUAUUGCAAAAUGUAUAAAAAAAAAAUUACUAAGAUACUUACAUCUGUCAAAAUAUUCUGAAAAGUGGUUGUUAAAAGCAGGUGUUGGAAUUAUUUUUGCGUGUUAAAGGCUGCCCCUGAGAGGCCACAUUGCGAUAUGGUAGGUAUAAGAUUUGCUGAAUGUUUCGACAGACAAAGAAAAUUAAAUAGAAUACUUACAAUGUUACACAUAGUGUUAUUUAUAGAAUGUGUUCAUGUUUAGAUGUUAAAAUUUUAGAAACCCCUUCAAAUAACUUUCAAAGUUGUAGGGUUUGGGAACUAGUGGCCAUCAAGCGGGCCGAAGGUCCAAAAAAUAUAUUAUUCUUAGACUUGACUGUUUAAAAAUAGUUACAUAUAUAUCUAUAUGUCUAAUAUUUAAAUGUAGAAGAGUUGUAUAACUCAACCUUAGGUUUUGGUCACCACGUUCCCAUCAAGCAGGUCAAUGACCUUUACUCUUGUAAGUGUUUGUCGUAAGUAGUUUUGAUUGACUGUUUAGAAGAGUUAUUUAUCUAUGAUUAAUAUAAAUAUGUAUAUAUUAUUGUAGAGUUUAAAUAACUCUCUAAAUCGGUUUUGGUAACCAUUCGCCAUCAAUGAGGUCAACGACCCAAAUCUCAAAAAUGUUUAACAAAAAGUAGUUUGGAAUGUUUAAAAGAGUAUAUCUAUAUGUACGCUAUAUUAUUAUGUAUAAAAGAAGUAGAGAUGUGCUUUAAAGUAUUGUAAUUCGUAGUAAUUAAGAGAAGAUGGGUUACCGUUAAGAAGACACCAUCAGAGAGAUAAUUUUUUAGAAUGCUAAUUGUACUGAAUGAAAUUUGUAUUGUAAAUGAACGUAGAAUUUAAAAAAAAAACGGAGUUGUAUGUUUGUCAGUACCAAAACUUUUGCUCCAGCU